CCGGGCACCGGGAGCGGCGGAGCCGCCGCUGCCCCCGGGACGGGAGCGGCCGGUGGCGGGGGAAAAGAACCAGUGUUUUUGAAGUACAGGAUGAAAGCACGAACAGUGCAGCCUUCUAUGGAACUUGGAUAAAAAAUGGACUUGGGUGUUUGCAAUGGCAACUGCAUCUUCACCAGCUUCCUAGAGAGCCAAGCAGCUGAAGCUAAUGGAUCAUUUGCCAUGUCAUCUGAGUGAAGACUCAGGUUAACCCACCAUGUCUCACCAGCUGCUUCAGUCAUACAGGUUACAGACGAUGGGGUUUCUUAAGGAGUUUGAUCAUUACUCUUCCUUGGCCAAACUCAUGUCAAUCUACCAAGCAACCAACAGGACCACCUUCAACUGGACAGACAGCCGCAUUGUUGAGUGGGAAAAAUUUGCUGAGCUGGCUAAAUACGAGCCAGAAUCCCAGAAACCAACAGUGAAAGCUCUCCUAAUCAUGGCAUACUCAGUCAUUAUAAUCAUGUCCCUCUUUGGGAACAUGCUGGUGUGCCAUGUGGUGCUGAAGAACAAGCGAAUGCACUCGGCCACCAGCCUUUUCAUUGUCAACUUGGCUGUGUCUGACAUUAUGAUCACACUGCUCAACACGCCUUUUACCCUGGUUCGCUUUGUGAACAGCACGUGGGUUUUUGGAAAGGCCAUGUGCCACGUCAGCCGCUUCGUGCAGUACUGCUCCCUCCACGUCUCCACACUGACCCUGAUGGCCAUCGCCCUGGACAGGCACCAGGUCAUCCUGAACCCCCUGAAGCAGAGGAUGUCCCUAACAAAGGGAGCGCUGAGCAUCUCUGUUAUCUGGCUGAUGGCAACCUGCUUCUCUCUGCCCCAUGCCAUCUACCAGAAGCUUUUCCAGUACAACUACAGGGAAGCCACUGUCCGGAGUUUGUGCCUCCCCGAUUUUCCCGAGCCUGCAGAGCUGGUCUGGAAGUAUCUGGACCUGUCUACCUUUCUCCUGCUUUACCUCCUGCCUCUGCUAGUCAUCACUGUCACCUACACUCGCCUGGCCAAGAAGCUGUGGCUCCGCAAUGCCAUAGGAGACGUCACCACGCAGCAGUACAUCACCCACCGCAGGAACAAGAAGAAGAGCAUCAAGAUGCUGAUGCUGGUGGUGGUGGUCUUUGCUGUCUGCUGGUUCCCUCUCAACUGCUACGUGGUGCUAAUCUCCAGCCUGGGCAUCAAGACAAAGAACUCCCUCUAUUUUGCCCUGCACUGGUUUGCAAUGAGCAGCACCUGCUACAACCCUUUCAUCUACUGCUGGCUGAACGAGAGCUUCCGCUCAGAGCUCAAGUCCCUGCUCUGCAUGUGCCAGAAGCUGCCUCAGCCCCAGGACCAUGCACUGCCACCCAUGGCCUCGUCCUGCCGUGAGGCGUGGAUGGAGCAGGCCAGGUUCAGGAAGGGACCUGCCACGCAGACCCUCUGCUCCACUGCACACAUCCAGAUGGCCACCACGGAGUUGUGAGCCCAAGAGCUGAGUGGGAUGGAACAGGAGAGAAAGGAGGGAAGGUCCUCACUUCCAGGUCACUUGGCCCCUCUUGGCCACUUCCCUGCACCUGAGGGGUACACUGCAGCAUCUGCAUAAGGAGAAGAGAACACAGCAUCACGAGUAGCAGCAGAAAUGGAUGAACACACAGUCCCUGAGGCACUUCACUUGGACACUGACAAUGAUUUGAAUAUGGGAAAUUAGGGCAGCCUGCUGCUGGGUGCAGGCACCCUCUCUCUGUGUAGGGCAGGGUCUGUUUUCAGUCAAAAAACAUCAUGGUGAGUUUUAAAAAAUGUUAACAAUUUCUCUAAUCAAUGAGCAUCACCUUAUUUAAAUAUUACAGAGAAUCUAUUUGCCUUUUUGCUGCUCCUCACUCCUCAUCAACUUUAAGUGACCCUCGAACUACUGUGUAUUCCACUUUAUUAAAAUAUUAUUUAUUCCCUGUGGAGAGGUGGAUGGCAGUGUGGAGUUUUAGUUGCUGCUAUGGAAAUGUGGCAGCUGGUUUCCACUCAAAUAUCUUAGAAGUUUAAGAGACUUUUUCCCAAAGAUUGCAAAGGCCCAGCAUCUUUCAUCCUUUGGUUGCUGUAGCACAAGUUUUAGCAGGAGCUGAGGAUGUAAAUGAGAUGCAGUUGUAAGGUGCAGUGAAUGGGCUUCUCCCAGCAACUGGAAAGUUUCCUUUGAGAGUGGAAAAGUGAAUAAUGGCAGCCUGGGGGCAACCCAGGAGGUGGCCAUGAAGAGCCUGGGAGGUGCUGUGUUGGAUGGGCACAGAAAGGAAAGAAGUCCUGCAAGGUCCUGCUUCAAAAGGAUGAACUGGAAAAAGUCACCCCCCAACUCCUCAGAGUCCAGAACAGGGAUGAAAAAUAAGCAGGAGAGUUCAGCAACGGUUGGGUAAAGUGUGGGGUCACCCAGGAUGUGGCUGGGGGGCAGGAGGGACAGUCCCCUGGCACCAAGCUUCCCCACAUGGUGCUUGUUCUGGAUCUGGAGGACUUGAUCCGGGCUGUUGACAGACAACAAGCUCUCUCCCUUCAGAGGGCAAGUUUUAACUCACUGUUUGCCAGUAGGUGACAGGAUUCAUGCCAAGUAAUAAUAAUUGAAAAAGUCUACCCACCUCUGCCAUGCAGUAGCAGAAGGUGCUAAGGGAGCCGUGAGAGCAGCACCCACCUGUUAAUGAGGCAGACAGAGAGUUUGGUCACUAUAAUUCAUGGGCUGAUUUGCUUUUAACAGUUUUCAACUGAUUCAGACAGAUACUAAUGAAAAACACCACAGGUGUCGCCCAAAACGCAGGCAGGGUUUAACAGGAACACUCACCUCGAGUUUCACCCUUGUGCUGGUUUGGUUUGGUGGGUUUUUUGGUACUGGGGGAAGGGCCCCAGGGGUGGCUCUGGUGAGAAGCUGCCCCUGCUCCAAACCAGCCAAGGAGCCAUUAGAGGGACAAUAGAUGAACCUCUGCCAUUAACAUACGAAAGGACUGAUAAGAUCUGAGCAGAGCCAGGAGUUAAGAGCUGGGCUGUAGGAGCAGAGCGGUGCUGGUGGUUGGUGAGGAAGAAGGUGCCCGAGCAGCAGUUUCCCUGCAGCCCAUGGCGAGAUGGCAGCUGUGCCCCUGCACUCAUGGAGGAACAUGGUGGAACAUUCCCUGAAGGCGCCAGGAGGGGGGAACUUGGCCAGUGGGCUUGGGUUUUGUGGCCAGUGGGCUGGGAUGGUGCAGCUGUGGAAGCCCCCGGGCAGGGGAGGUGCCUGUUCCCGACCAGCCCGUGACUCUGCGGGCAGCGCUGGAGCAGCUCCGGGGCUGGUGGGAAGGGCUGAUGGAGCAGAGGUUGGUGGAGGACUCUGCCAUGGGAGGGACCCGUGGGGAAGCAGGGCA